AUGAUAAGGCCGACGAAGGGAAAGACGCCGCGGCGACCUGCACCGAAAAAGCCAUCCAGCAACCAGAAGGACCCAGUCGGCGUGUACUGCCGCGUGCGACCACUAGGUGCAGAAGAUGAGGAAUGCUGUAUUGAGGUGAUAAGCAAUACCACCAUCCAGUUACAUGCACCAGAUGGCCUCAAAGCCAAUAGAAAUGGAGAGUUCAAAGAGACACAAUAUACCUUCAAGAAGGUUUUUGGAAUCAAGACCACACAGAUGGAAUUGUUUGAAGAUGUUGCCAAACCCCUAGUGAAUGAUCUUAUUCACUGUAAAAAUGGACUGUUGUUCACCUAUGGUGUCACUGGCAGUGGGAAAACCUACACGAUGACUGGCUCCCCAGGCCAAGGCGGCCUCCUCCCUCGCUCUCUAGACAUGAUUUUCAACAGCAUUGGCCCAUACCAGGCCAAACGAUUUGUUUUCAAGCCUGAUGAUAAGAAUGGCAUGGAAAUACAGAAUCAGGUUGAUGCCCUUUUGGAACGUCAGAAACGAGACAGUCAGCCUUCUGUGGCCAAAACUCCCUCUUCUAGACAGAGAGUAGAUCCUGAAUUUGCUGACAUGAUCAGUCCAGAGGAGGCAUGCAAAGCAGAUGGAGUGGAUGAAGACAGCAGCUACAGUGUAUUUGUUUCCUACAUUGAGAUAUACAACAACUACAUCUAUGACCUGCUGGAGGAGGCUCCUUUUGACCCAAUAAAGCCAAAGUGGAAUGGUGCUGGGACACCCCUACGAAACAACACUGAGAUCAUACCACCACAGUCCAAAAUUUUGCGUGAGGAUCAGAAUCACAACAUGUAUGUGGCUGGAUGUACAGAGGUGGAGGUAAAGUCCACUGAGGAGGCUUUUGAAGUGUUUUGGAGAGGCCAGAAAAAGCGUAGGAUUGCUAACACUCAGCUGAACCGAGAGUCAAGCCGAUCACACAGCGUGUUUAUCAUCAAACUGGCACAGGCCCCUCUCGAUGCAGAUGGAGACAAUGUCCUUCAGGAUAAGAACCAGAUAAAUGUGAGCCAGCUCUGUUUGGUGGAUCUGGCUGGUAGUGAGCGCACCAGUAGAACUCGUGCUGAGGGUAGUCGUCUGCGGGAGGCAGGAAAUAUUAAUCAGUCCCUUAUGACACUGCGUACAUGCAUUGAAGUCCUUAGAGAGAAUCAAAUGUGUGGAACAAACAAGAUGGUUCCAUACAGAGAUUCCAAAGUCACUCAUCUUUUCAAGAACUACUUUGAUGGAGAAGGCAAAGUCAGGAUGAUAGUCUGUGUCAAUCCUAAGGGAGAUGACUAUGAGGAGACAAUGCUGGUCAUGCGGUUUGCUGAGAUGACUCAGGAGGUGGAGGUGGCCCGGCCCGUUGAUAGACCCAUCUGUGGCUUUGCUGCUGGACGGCGCCAGAGGAACCAGGCCUUCAAAGAGGAGCUUACUCGCCGUCUGGAAGAACGCGGCGGUGCAAUAGACGGUGACAUCCCACUGGCCAUGAACCAGCUGCUUCAGAGUUUCCCUCCACUGCCGCCCUGUGAGCUCACCGACCCUGCUGACGACGUUACUCUGCCCAGGCUUAUCGAGGUUCUGGAGAAGAGACACCGGAUCCGCCAGAUGUUGUCAGAGGAAUACAACAAGGCCGCCAACAUGCUGAAGUCGAUGCUUCAAGAGCUGGACAGCAACUUAAUUUCCAAAGAGAACUACAUUCAAGAACAGAGGGGUAAAAUGGGAGAAAAGGAAAAAAUAAUCCAGAAUCAGAAAUCUGAGAUUGAUCGCCUAGAGAAAAAAUCAAAGAUGCUGGAGUACAAGAUCGACAUCUUGCAGAAGACCACAAACAUCUAUGAGGAGGACAAACGCUCCCUACAGCAGGAGUUGGACAGUAAGGCGCAUCAGCUACAGAGGGAGCAGUCCGAGAAGAAACGGAUGGAGGUUCGCAUGCAGGGCAUGGUCACUGAUGCCAAGCUCAAAUGGGAGAAGGAAUGCGAAAGGCGUGUCAAUGCCAAACAGCUGGAGAUGCAGAACAAACUCUGGGUGAAGGACGAGAAACUGAAGCAGCUCAAAGCCAUCGUGACGGAGAGCAAGACAGAACGGCUUGACAAACCGCAGCGACCAUCCAGAGAGAAGGACCGUGUGCCGGCCAAAAGAUCAGCCUCGCCAUCCCCCCUCCCUUCCAGCCAGGUUCCCAUGUAUUACCCCAGUCAGGUGGCCAAGCCACCGUCCCCUAGCUACAGCAGCGUCUCUGUAGCCACAUGCAUCUCGGAGUGGGAGCAGAGAGUCCCCCAGGGUAGCAGGCAGGGUAGCCGUUCCCCCUCAGAGUGUAGGAGCAGAGCUCAGGGCCCCCCCAGCAGUCUUAGAAGGAGAGGCAGGUGCUGGGCCCGUGACUGUGAGGUGCCCGUCCAGCCAGAUGAUGUAGACCUAGAGGAAGUUGAUCACAGGACUGGUCCUCCGGUUCGGCCCCUUCACAGGCGCUCCCACUCUGCCGGUGGAGAGAGAUGGGUUGAUCACAAACCACUCAAUAGCGUGGAGUUGGACACCGUCAUGCAGCCAAACAUUCCAAAUGCUAUUAAAGUGAGCACUCCAAAUGAGAAAGCCUUGUCUAAAUGUGACAAGUAUGUACUCACCCAUCAGGAGUUGGCAUCAGAUGGAGAGAUUCAGACCAAACUCAUCAAGGGAGAAGUUUUUAAAACAGUGGGAGGAGGCCAGAGUGUUCAGUUCACUGACAUUGAAACAUUGAAACAGGAAAACCCUGCAGCAUCCAGCCGGAAGAGGAAGUCCUCUGAGAACAGUCCCCCAUGUACAGAUGAGAGAACAGAGGGAGACUGGACUGAUGUGGAGACCAGGUGUUCUGUCGCUGUGGAGAUGAGGGCUGGCUCCAACUUGGGACCUGGAUAUCAGCACCAUGGAUAUCAGAAGUAA